CUCAGCCACUCACUUGCACUACUAUAGUAAUUAGUGUCCGCUCUUUGAAACACUUUAUACCGACCAUAGCAUUCAUUCCUUGCCCAUCAGUGCGCGCGUCGCCAUUGUCGACAGACAUAUCCAAGGCCGCGCCUUUGCCCGUUUGAGUAUUCUCGCGGAAGUCAUUUGUUGCCUUCUUCAGGCAAGGUAAUUGUAAUCCUUCUAUGGCAGUUGUCCGCGACUGCUAGGGCACGUCAUCUCUGUGUACCGCCACCAUGCGCUUUUCUUACCGCUUUCUUUUAAUAUGUCUUGCGCUGCUGGUCUGUCUUCAAUCGACAGCUGCAGCUCCUCAUGCUGCCGUGCGCCGGCAAGAUGACAAUUCUUCAGAAGACUCGACCCCUUCUACAACACGAGACAGCGCCUCUCGGCAAGCCUCAAUCACAUCGACGCCUGAGCCCACGCCUUCUGCAAGACAAUCUUCACGGAUCGAGUCCAAUGGCGCGUCGUCCGCCGUACCUUCUUCUGCGAAGCCUUCGGCUUCAGCAACCACCCAAACCGAGGUUCCCUCGACGGCUUCUUCUGACGAGCCUGUACCUUCUAGUCCUGCCAUUAACAAGGAGAGUCCACUGCCCAUUUACCCCAAGCUCACCCCAGCAAUGGGAAUCACUGGUGUGAUUUUACUAGUAUCUGGUUUAGUAUAUGGUAUCAUAGGCAUCAAGAAGAAAAUGGUGUAUGUCUUCGGAUCUGCAGCUUAUCUCUCUGCGCUCGCUGUCACGGUUCUUAUAAUCUACUUCAUGAAUCCACCUGUCUCGGAUGCCAUCCAGGGCGCCUUCUUUGUGGCAGCCUUCUUCACAGGCAUCAUCUUCGGCGUACUCUCACUGGUCUUUGUGGACAUGACUGAGGGCUUUGGCUGCCUGCUCGGCGGUUUCUGCCUUAGUAUGUGGUUACUCAGUCUCAAGGAUGGUGGCUUGAUCAGCUCGAGCACAGGUCGGGCAAUUUUCAUCGGCUGUAUGGCUGCUGCUGGCUGGUCACUAUCCUUUAGCCGCUACACUCGCAAUUACGGCCUCAUUGCAUCAAUCGCAUUCUCAGGCGCCACCGCGUCGGUUCUUGGAAUCGACUGUUUAGCAGGCGCUGGGUGGAAAGAGUUUUGGCUCUAUCUCUGGGCUCUCAAUGACUCCACAUUCCCUCUGGAUACCAACACGUAUCCCGUGACUAAGAACAUGAAGGCUGAACUAGCCGGUGUCAUCAUCAUAGCAGUCGCUGGAAUCAUUUCUCAAUUGCGGGUCUGGAAAAUGAUUCAAGAGCAUCGUGCAAAGGACGCUGCGCAGCAACUCGAGAGGCAGCAGGACCUGGCUCGUGAAGAAGAAGAACGAGGCCGCAAGAUUGAGGAUGAAUUCCAGAAAGAACGCGCUCAAUGGGAAGCGGCUUACGGCGAAAAGAAUUUGCCUGAUGGCAGCCCUCGAUCAUCCGUCACAAGUCCCAAAAAGUCCACCAGCUUAGAUGCAAAGGAAGUCGACAGCAGCGAAAAUCUUCUUCCAGCCGCUAGGAUGAACAAAGCGUCAGGAGGCACAGUCACUGUCGGCGUUCUCAACGAUGAUGAAAUCCAACCAAUUGACGCGGAAGGUUGCCCGGUAGUCGAGAGCCGCGAAGUUGCGACUCGUGGAGUUGAUGGCGAGAAGACAUUGCCAGGUACUCCAGAGGAAACACCACAACUGCAAAUGGUCGAAAACGAAGGCCGGACUUCGUUAACAGUAUCCCCACCGCCUGCUGUCGUACCGCUCCCGUUCAAGGUGCCCACAGAAGAAGAUGCGCACAGCAACGAUGACAACUCGUCUGUCUCUGCUAUGCCUGAAACUGAAGCCGACAUGACGGAGCGCCCAGCUGUGAGCAAACGCGUGUCUGACGUCUCGGCAAUGAGGCAACGCAUCUCUCGCGACCUGGCAGCUUCUCAAGAGGCAGUGUUUGUAACUCAAGAUGUGAACGACGACCGUGCUUCGUCUGUUGCUGCAACUUUGGACGACGACAACGACCAGCUAUCCAUACGCGAACUUUCUCCUGUACAAUCACCCAUUGGAACAGAACACAACCCCUUUGUCGACGCUGGCCAUGCAACAAAAGCCAGUGGUGACAUGCCUGCUUCCGAAGAGUCAACUACCAGGAACGAAACGACAAAGACGGACAUUACAAAGGAGCAUGACAAUCAGACGUUGGCUGGUGCACGGCAAUCUCUCACUCCUAGCACCGACUCGAAGCAGUCAGGUGCGGCAAACGCUGGAGCGAGGAGAGAUACAGCCGUGUUUAGUUCCAAGACCAGUAGCGCGGACCAGCAGUCCAAGGGUACACAGUCGGACGCUCCUUCUCUCAGCUCGCAUACCGAGCCAGAGACGCGACGUGUCAGUGUGCUGCGGGAAGGUGCGUUGCCGGAGACCAUGUCAAAAGUAGCUCUAUCGUAUCGGACCAACGAAUGGGCCAAGCACCUUGAAGGAGCGGAGAAGCCGGAUUAUGAGGACAUUUUCAGGCCUUCGUCGCCAGGAAUGAUGCUGCCAAAUGGAAUUGAGGAGAAGCCAGCGCCCAUCAGCGAGGAGCUGGCGGCGCCGCUCAAGGGAAACCAGCGCAACUCGAGGCGAGUGUCGAAUGGCAGCCGGAUGCAACGCAACAGCAGCAGUGGAUUCGAGCGAAACAGUUUGGCUUUGUCGCAGGAAUCGCUUGUGGAUCCACGGAUCUACACGCGGUCUCCACCUGCAGCAGUUCUUUCGCGGGCCAGCUCCAAAUCUAGGCCCAAUGUUCUUGCCCCACUGCCGACCAAUACGUUGAUGAGCAAAAGAGAAACACUGCUCAAGAACCGAGCGUCUGCUCUGGUGAAGCGACAUUCUUCGGGCGGGCACCUGCUCUUGGGCCGUGGCGAGGACCAAGUUGAUGGGCAGGGUGAGGAAGUAGAGGGAGGAGAAGAAAUGACGUUGGCACAGCGUCGCCAAAUGCUGCAGCGCCAGUCAUCAACACCCCAGCUCCCCUUUGAGGCACCCCUGACAUCGCCUCGGCGGGCACCACCGUCGGCGUCGCAAAAGUGGCAGAACAAAGAUUGGGCGGGUAAAGGGGCGCCCCCAGGCUUUGACUCGCACCAGCCACAGCGGACAAACAGCGCUCAGUCGAAUUCUAGGCGUGAGCAACUGUAUGCUGGAUGGCGGGAUUCGAUACGCGAUGCAGGGCCAGCACAAACGUCGACAACGUACAUUAUCGAGCAGCAGCGUGCGGCGUUGCUGUUUGAGCGGCGGCAAAAGGAGCUGGAGAAGCAGCAACGCGAGAUGGUGCAGCAGCAGCGAGCAAGCCAGAUGGACAGCAUGAUGCGCAGUGGGCACAUGCUGGAUGCACACCGCGAGGCGAUGAGGAAGAUGCAGGCGAGUGCCAACCGCCAUGCGCGAGAGCAUGGACCACAGUCACUUGGGGCCCCUAAGGAACCACUACUCAUCACCGCCAUCACCACUCCAUCCACAGUCACGACGACGACUCCACGCUCGCCCCCCGCUGCUUACCCGCCGCCUCCUGCGUCGCCAGUGCCUGCCCGCUGGUCGCUAACAAAUCGCAUCUUCAACAUCAACCUGCGCUCUUUGUACCAGGGUCCCCCGCGCCUGCCGGCUGCCCGUCUCUGGAACCCAGUCAAUUCUUCUCCGCGCCUCCUCCAAAUACACAACCCGCCCCCAGCCCCAAUACCCCCGCCCGACGACUAUUACCCGAAUCUACCUAUCCAAACAGAAGCCCCUGCUGCCACAGACGACGUCCGCGACGAGUAUCCGCUUCUGACCCUCCCCGAGCAGCGUCUUAGCCGUCAGAGUCCCGUGCCAAGCUCCCUCGCCGUCGAACGCUCCACAGCCGACAACAGCAUCUCUGCUAGCGCUCGCACCAGCAUCGGCCUGCCUCGCCCUCCACCUCGAAGCCUGCAGUCGCCCAGCUCUGCAAUGCCGCCAGAGCCUGUCGCCGCCCAGCAUCCCGACAAGGACGUAGAGGCUGGACGUUCUCAUCAACCCGGUCUGUCGCGCGCCUCACUGCCCGGCUCCCGACGCUCCUCAAUUGGCUCUGGGCCAUCAGCUUCUGCAGCCGACGAAGACGAAGACGGCGAUGCAGUCUCCGAGUUGCCCUGGGGACCUUCGCACCCCUGCUUCCCGCAUCCCAACCCCCAUGUCCCACUCGAUUCGGAGCUGUACAACACGACGCGCAUCAUCCGCAUCAAGCGUGAUUGGAUGGUUAAAGGCGACCUUGCCCCAACCUUUGCCAACUUGUAUCCCGAGAUUCUGGAUCCCCUCGUCACCGAGGACGAUUUUCGCAUACUGAUCAAGAAGAUCAACGAUGAUCUCAUCGAGGCCUUUGACCCAUUUACCCUCCGCGCUUGUCUCGAUACUGUCAUGGGUGUUGCUACCCUGUGGCUAUGGGAGGAUGCUGGCUUCACAGGUGUUAAGAAAAAGCUGGCUCAACUCGAGAGGUGGAUAGAAGACUGGAAUCAUAACGUUGGUGCAAAAGAAGCCGUCAAAAUUAUCCCACUAAGGCGGACCGGCUACCUCACACUUGACAUACAGAUCCCAGAUCCUCACCUUGGCCCUGAUACUGGCUCACGGCCCCAGACUCAAGAAGACGGCCACCACAUCGACUCACCACAACAAACCGACCCAUAUCCACCAUAUCCCAUCACACCUACAUUGCAGGUGAACUCACAACCAGCAACGAUUGGAGCCAACACUUAAGCCUCCAAUUGCACGCAGCUAUGAAACAAGGUGAAGCACAAAUCAAAAAGGCAACAACGACUUGGAAUUUUAGCGGCAUGUGAACUGGAGUUUACAGGGUCUGGACUGCGGGCUUCUUUUGUUUUUAUCCUUUUUUUCGUCUUGCAAAACUGAGCGAGCGCAUCAUGACAUACGCCUGUUGCUUUUUUUUUUCUCCAUCUCAUCCCACUAGACCAUUCGGCGGCGACGCAAAAAGACUUUAAUGUUUGUUUAUUUCAGCCUCGCUUAUCGGUUCCUGUAUCUUUUUUCUUCUUCCCUUUUUCCUAUUCUUAGAUCUUGCGUUCGUGCCGUAAGUAUUUAUUAUUGUUUUUUUUCUUUGUGGUUGUACCUUCGAUACCCAAACUUGCAUAGCUGCCGCUAGUGCUGGUGCUGCUACUGCUAAUUGU